UAGUCUUAGCUAGCCGAGUGAAAUUAAGGAUAGCGGGGUCCGCACUCCACGCUCCUUUACAAAAUGAUGUCAUCUCACGACUUCAUCAACAUUUCUACAUUUCAUUAGUUUACUCUGCAAGACACUUGUAAGCUACCCCAAAGACAAAACCCAUUUUCAGACACCUUCUGCUCUACAUAAGACCAUCCUUCGACACCACUUUUAUCCAAACCAACAAUUUUUUCGAUUCCAUCAAUCAAAUUUUACAAGUAUUCUGUUGAUCGGUUCUUGUUUCAAAGUAUUCUGAUUCUCCUUAUCAGCUCAAUUCUCUCUUAAAAUUUUCUUAUAAAUUUCAUUUUCAUAAAAUUAUCAGAUAUGGAAGAAGACUUUAUAGAAUCAGAGGUUCUUUGGCCUGAUGAUACUCAAACGGAAAAUGAAAACGAAAACGAAAAUAAAGUUAAAGCGGUGAAAAAGAAAAAUAAAGUGUCUCCACUUCCUUCUUCUUCUGAUGAUUAUUAUUGGCGAUUAGAGAAAAUUCCCAUGAAGAAAAACAAGACAACUACUGCUUCUAUGCCUUUGGAUAUUAUUCCGGUCAAGGUUACCGGUGAUUCAAGAAUCCAGGAUGAUAUUUACAAGACCAAGGAUGAUGACGACGGGAAAAGAGGAGAAGAAAUGAUGCCACCACAUCUAAUGAUGAUUCGUAAAAGGAAUUACCUAAAUAAUCAAAUGGCAUUUUCUGUUUCUUCUGGGAAUGGAAGAACACUUAAAGGAAGAGAUUUAUGUCGAGUCAGGAAUUCUGUUCUUCGGAUGACUGGAUUUCUUGAAACUUGCUGAUUUCAUCAGUUCUCCGUCAAUCGGAUAUAUCGUAUCAUAUCGAUGUCGUUGUUCUUUUUUAUCGAAUCACCGUCGUCGUCACCAGAUUAAUUUCAUUUCUUUUUUAACUAGAAAAAAAAUAUAGAAAUUAUUUAUAUAGAAAAAGCUUCUUUUUUUUCUAAUUAAUCAGCAUUUGAUUAAUUAAUCUGUAUACCAUAUUAUAUAUUAUCUCUUUGGUUUUUUUUUAGGGGGAGGUAUUAUGUAGCUGCUUAGCUACUUUUACAGUCCUCUGUUCAACUCUUAGAGAGACGGGUUGGAAGAACGAGAGUGAGAAAAAGUCCUUUCGUUCUUCGUUUUUCUUUUAUUGUUAAAAUUAAAUUUAGGUUUACCAUUACAAUUACAACUAUUAUCACUUUUACUAUUAAAUUAAGAUAUUGUAUUGAAAUAUCAAGAAA